AUGUCUUUAGAUUGGCUUGAGUGCAAUAUUGAUUUUGAAGGGCAGAAAUUAGCAGACUUUGUAUUACAAACUGGAGUUAUUACAUUUUCCCUUUUAGGAUUUCUUUUGGGAUUAUUAUUACAAGAUAUAAAAGUAACGUUUAUAUUAUUUGGUAGUGGUAUAUUAUUUACAUCGAUUAUUAUUCUCCCUUCGUAUCCGUUUUACAAUAGUCAUCCUAUACAAUGGCUACCACCGAUUAAAAAUGAAGAAGAAAAGGAAAAAGAAUGA